AUGGCAACCAGAAGUGCAAAAUGCCUGCAUUUUCAGCUCAUAAAUGUCUCUGGUGCAAGUUCUCUCGGUUUCUUCUGUGACAAGCUUAGACUUUCAUGGCAUGAUAUUUUCCCCCAAGAAAAGCAUAAGAAGGAGCCCACACUUCCAAGCUUACAAGCAUCUAAACAACUAGCUGCAUAA